AGCGGUAUAUUCUCCUCUCUCUCAUUGCUGGAGCGCAGAGCGCAGCUCAUACCGUGAUUGAUAAAUAUAUCAUAAACCCUUGAGGAAAAGAGCCUAUACCUCAUUUACCGCUGCCAAGAUUUCUUGAACAUUUUACGUGCUUUAAAACCCGCAUUAUUAUUAUUUUAACUAAGAAUUUACCGAACUUCUCACAAUAAUGAGUUGGAUUUGGGUAAAACUCAACAUGCUAUGAAAACUGUGGAAAUCGGUGCUUAGUGAGAUUUGAGUGUGGAGAGAAAUAGUUUAAUUCUAGUUUUGGGAGGUUUGCUGUAAAAAAAAAUUAACAAUGGGUGAGUCGAAAAACGGAGAGAAAAAGAAGGUGAAAAUCAACGACGACAGAGGGGGGACGGUUGAAGUGAGUGAGAAACAUGGACCUCUUUUUAAUGCCAUACCCAAGAUGCAUUUAUGUGCUGCAGUCAUUCUUUGCCUCGUAAAUAUUGCCAUUCCGGGCAUGGGAACCCUCAUUUCAGCGUUCACCGUAUUCUGUGGUUGUCCUACAAAAAUAGAGAAGCGUAUGAAUGCAUUUCUCCUGAACCUCCUAGCGGCCUUUUUACAGAUGGUGACAUUCAUAGUCAUUGUGGGCUGGAUUUGGAGUAUUUUAUGGGGAAUGAAUUUUGUACAGCUAGCUAUUGCAAAAGGUGAAGAACCCGAAGCAGAAUUUCAGAAUCUUGCCGGACCUUAUUACGUUCGGCGCCAAAGCAGUGUCGACAUACCCAUUUGAUCGCUGAAUUAUGUAAAUUAAAGGUCCAUAUUUGCUUCUUGACAAUAACUGCUAGGUAUAUUUCAAAAUAAAAGCUGGGAGCAUUCCGCUAGCGGAAAUGGGGAAUCGGUUCUAAGAGGAGAGUUAUAUGACUUAGAUAUGCAUGGAUGGGUAUAUGAUAGGAGUCGGACAAAUUUAUGUAAAUAGCUGUAUAAUUCUUAAGCUGGUGCCUCGGUUUUGCUUUCGUAUUAAACUCUUGUGUUUUAGUUGGUCUUUUUGUACGUAUUAAGAUUUAUCUCAUUUCUUGCAGGGAAAUAUGAAAUAAAUUAUGUUUGUACAUAUA